GUUGGCAGCGCUGAAGAACCGAGCUGGACGGAGCCGUCUUUCUGUGACACCCGCUGGGGGCGGGACUAACCUGUGACUGACGCCAUGCAAUGACCAAUCGCACACGUUCGAUUUGGAUCACCAGCCAAUCAACAAUGAGCUAGGCUGUCCCUCGCUUGACUAUGAGAGCUGCUGAGAAAACACGGAGGAUAUUCGUGGUGAAAAAAGGUUUAAAAUGUUUUAUAUAUCGGUAUCUAUAAAUAUUUAGCCCGAUAGCGUUCGGAUUCAACAUUUAACACAUCAAUGAACAUCAUGGAAGGAUGAAUCGAUGUGAAGAGGAUGCGGACACGUGUUAAGAUCUGAGGAGGAGAUGAUACAAGACCCCACGGCUGCAUCCAGGGCCACAGAGCAGCAGAAGAACUCUCGCGAUGAGGCAAACUCCUCCCGGGCUGUCAAUCAAUCCGAGGACGAGUUGGGGAACGCGAGCCGUCGGAAGAGCGUGAGACAAAGAAAAAGACCACACGAGGGCUUUGAGAAUGUCCAGAGCAAAGGUGCCAAGGCCGGUCGCAGGAAACGGGGACAUGUGGAGGCCGUCACCCUGUUCGACGUGCUCACCAUGGGCAGGAGUGCCAUGCAGGCGGUGAUUGGUGAUUGGAUCGAGGCUUACGGGACGCACAGAGACUCCUCCCUCCUCGACCUCAUCAGCUUCUUCAUCCAAUGCUGCGGCUGCAAAGGUGUGGUCACAGCAGAGAUGUGUCAGGGCAAAGAAGACAGGGACGUCAUGAGCAAGAUGGUGGAGGAAGUGGAUGAGGUUGCUGGUCUGCAGUAUAAGAAGUUCUUGGCCUUUCCGUGGAUCCUCACGGUCACGUGGCCCAUGGACACAGACAGUGGCGAGUAUCCACUGACACAACCCGGACCGUACGGCCGCUGGUUCCACUCCGAGUUCUGCGACUUCAUGGCCGUGCUCGUGGCUCAGUGUCAGCACAGCAUUAUAUUUGACAGUUACCUGAUGAACACCCUCAUCUCUCUGCUCACCGAGCUGUCGGACUCCUACGUACGGGCUUUCAGACACACCUGCACGCUGGCAGCGGUGAAGCUGCUGAGCUCGCUGGUGGCCGUGUCUCUCAGCCUGAGCGUCGGCAUUGAACACAGUCACAAGUUGUACCGGGCGCAGAAGACAAAGACGAGGAGACGGAGAAGCCCCCUGAAACAGGAGAGCAUACAGAAGAAGAUCACAGAGCUGCGGGAGAAGAGGGCGGAGGUAGAGACCAUGAUGGAUGUCGUCUUCAAAGGAAUCUUCCUGAAAAGAUAUCGCGACGUGCUUCCAGAAAUCCGCUCCCUCUGUAUGGAGGAGUUGGGUGUGUGGAUGAAGCUCUACAGUUCUGCAUUUCUCAACGACAGCUACCUUAAGUACAUGGGCUGGAUGAUGCACGACAAGGUGCCUGAUGUGCGUCUGAAGUGUGUGUUAGGCCUGCAGGCUUUGUACGGCGAUCCUCCGCUCCUCCCGAAGCUGGACCUGUUCACCAGCCGCUUCAAGGACCGGAUGAUCUCCAUGACCUUGGACAAGGACAACGAGGUGGCCGUGCAGACCAUGAAACUGCUGCUCCUCGUCUCCAAGACGUCUGAUGGCGCGCUGAGUGCGGAGGACCGCCGGCAGCUGCUCCGGUUCGUCUACUCUUCGCAGCGGCCUCUCGCCGCCGCUGCGGGGGAGCUGCUCUUCGCGCGGCUUCUGAACACUGAAGCACCGGCGGCUGACACUGAAAUCAACGAUGAGGAGGCACGUGAGCGACAGGCGUCCGCCCGCCUCAGGGCUCUGCUGCACUUCCACCAGGAGUCCGAGCUGCACAGCCAUGUGGUGUACCUGGUGGACAGUCUGUGGGACAGCGGCGGCGCCCUGCUGAAGGACUGGCCCACGCUCACGUCUACUCUGCUGCAGGAGCCGUCCUCAGGCGGCCCCGGUCUUACCCGGGCAGAGCAGGCGCUGCUUGUGGAGAUCCUUGUAGCUUCGGUGCGUCAGGCCUCGGAGGGGCCGGCGCUGGCAGGACGCAGCGGAGCCAAGAAGGUAACGAGUGCCAGGGAAAAGAAAAGCCAGCUGGAUGACUGUACUAAGCUCACCGAUCAUCUUCUCGUGGUGCUUCCUGAGUUACUGGCUAAGUUUUCAGGUAGCUGUGACACGGUUGCCUCCCUGAUGAAGAUUCCUCAGUACUUCCUCCCGGAGGGUCCCGAGGCCGACAACACUCAGGCAGCGUCGAGGCUGAUGGCGGAAAUGGGAGCCGCUUUGGACCGCCCCGCGGGCCCCGCGGGCCCCGCCCUUCUGGAGGCGGCGGCCCGCACGUUCCUCAGUCUGUGUGUGGGGGAGGCGUCCUGGUGCUCCGUGGCCCGGACCGCACGGCACUCCAUGGUGGGGCGCUGGGUGGACCACCUGACAGCUCUGCUGGGGGACUCGCUCCAGGCUGAGAGUCCGCGUUUCUCUGCUGACGAAGAGAAAACUGCAGACAUUUUAGCCACGUUGAAGAAACUCAGCGCUUUCCACAACUGCCACGACCUCCUCGAGGGGAACCUGUUUGGGCUGUUGUCUCCCCUCCCGGCGGCGGAAAGCGGGGAGGGAGGAGCCCCCCCCGAGGUGCUGCUGGAGGUCCUGCAGUGUCUGUCCUACUGCAUGCUGUGGUCCCUCAGCAGCGGAACUUUAAACUCCAGAGAGACAGCGGAGUCCCAGAGACUCCAGCUGCGUCUCUUCUGUGAGAGGAGUAAUCGCUGUCUCUCCCACCCCGACCACGGCGUGCAACAGCAGGCCUUCGUCGGUGUGUGCGACGUGCUGACGGCUCACGCCCGCCAGCGACAGGUGUGGGAUCCCUCCUCCUUCGGCCCUCUGCUCUACACUCCCGGCCCCAAGCUGCAGAGGGCGCUGGUGGCCUUCGUCUGCGCACGCGUCUUCGUGGGACCCGACUGUGGCGGCCGGAGCGCCGACUCUGAAGCCGAGAGGCUUGAGGAACUUCACAGACGAAGGAAUCUGCUGGCGGCCUUCUGCAAGCUGAUCGUGCACGGGGUGCUGGAGAUGAGCACAGCCGCCGAGGUCUUCAUGUACUACAUGAAGUACAACGACGACUUUGGAGACAUCAUCAAGGAGACAAUGAACCGGACAAGACAGAUGGAUAAGCUCGGCAGCGCUCACACACUGGUGCUCUGUCUGCAGCAGCUGUUCCUCCGUCUGAAGCGGGAGCAGGGCAGCGGCGGCGAGGCCCACCCGGAAGUCCAGAGCUUCGCCAGCAUCAAGGAGCUCGCCAGGCGGUUCGCCCUCACCUUUGGGGAGCUCGUCAAGUUCCGCGAGUGCAUCGUUGUGGUCCACAGGAACGGCAUCGAGUUUGUGUUCCAGGAGUUCAGUCAGACCCCGGACGCCCCAACGCCGCCGUACCUCUCCUACCUCACCAUCCUCGGCGAGUUCUCCAGCAAACUCCUCAAACCGGACAAGAAGAUAGUCUUCUCGUACCUACAGAAGCACACCGGGGGGCUCGCCAUUGACCUCCGGGAGGAGUGCUGGCAGCCGCUGGCCUGCUACCGCGCGUCCCUGCUGGCUGCGGCGGGAGGGGAGGACGCCGUGUCUCACGUGAGCUCCGACGGGGGGGCGCACCCGCCCGGUCGCUCCCCCUCCUCCAAGCAGAAGCGCGAAGAAAACAAGGCGCCCUGCCCGUUCAGCCCCAUCGACUCCGAAGUCAGCAAAGGUCAAAGGUCAAGCUUCAGUCCAAGCCACAAGGACGCGGAUCCGUCCUCCUCCUCCGUCCGCGCCGAGCCUCCUGCAAGGCGGUUGGACUUUGAGGGCUCCGUCCAAAGCACGGGCGAGGACACUGUGGACGUUGAGCUGUAACUGCAGGAGGCCGGAGGACAAUCUGCGGUCUCCGUAACGAUGUGCAGACGUACCAGCGGCCAUCGCCCUUUCUACAAUAUUGAAAAAAUGGUUUUAAAAGAAGUCUGCGAUAUUCUUAUUGUAAACUAAUCCCAAGAAAAAACCAAAACCAGCCAGAAUUGACUGAUCCACAUUUCAACUGUAUAGAGCUUUUCUAGUCUUCCAACCACUCAAAGCGCUUUAACACUACAUGACAUCAUUCACUACCACACACCUGCUCACCAGUAACUAACAUUCACGCACUGUAGCAGGAGAACGUUGGGUUAAGUCUCCUGCCCAAGGACACAUCGACACGCGGGUUAGCCGUGAUCGACCCGCCAACCCUCUGAUGGGAGGCCCACCGUGCUCCCCACUCACCCAGUCGCCCCAUUGUUCCUGCUUGCACACACUUCAAACUGUUGCUGGGAAAGUAUUAAAAACACUUGUCUCACUGGGCGACACCUGUGAAUCCUACAAUAGAAUUAACAUGGGAACUAUAGUUCACUUUGAAUCAAUUCAUUGUCCAGCUGCUGCUACUCCCGACCACAGCACCAGAUACGUAUUAAUCCACAGAGGAAAAUAGUUCCCAACACACAAGUUUGAGCAGUAUUUACUAAAAAAGUGAGUAGCCUAUAUUGGAAAAAUAAAUAUAAAGUCAGCUACAUAUUUCUCUUAAGUGUUGUCAGAUUUGACAUUUUCAGUAGAAAUCUAUGGCGAUUUCGUCAUGGGAUUCGGAAACAAAGACCUACACAGAAUAUCCGUAUCAUUCAAAUAAUGUCAGAGUAUCUAGUAUAUUUCAUUCACAGACCAGCUUCAUUUGAGGACCAAGUGAAUCAGAAUGUAUAAAGCUUCCCUCCAUAUUCACUUCCAUACAUACAAAGUGUUACAUCAUUUUACGUUUGGAUCCCAUUCAAAUCCAACAUUUGUCUAAUUAUAUUUUUGAAUAAUUUAAUUUUUGCUUUAUGUCCUGCGUGCCACUUUAUUAUUGCUCCUUAUAGAAUAAGGUUGAGUUGGUUUGCCAAAAAAUGUAUUGCUGUAAAUUAAUUGAAAUAAAUAAAAAAUCAAGGAAUGAAAACUAA